UAAAAUAAUAAAAAUCAAUCGUCAACUUAUUUUUUUUUAAUAUAAUAAUGUCUCAUAAUUCUUCUCAGGAUAACUUACCUUUUGUAUUAGAUAAUGAAGAAAAUGAAGAGUUUGAAGAGUCUAUAUCUCUUCAAGUAACUUCUCACAAACAGAAACAUAAAAAGUAUUUACCCGAAGAAGAGAAUGAACCUUCAAACACUGGUGAUUUGGCACCAUUAUUAUCUAAUUCUUCACGAGACUCCAUAGCACCAGAUUCAAAUAGUAUAUUAGUUUUAGAAAAUGGAGAUACCUUAAGAAUGCCAAAGGAUGGCGGUUCAUUUUUUGAAAGCUUUUUAAAUAUGGCAAAUAGUAUUAUAGGAGCUGGUAUUAUAGGACUGCCGUUCGCAUUUCGUGAGUCUGGUGUAUUUGCCGGUGUUAUUCUUUUAAUAGGACUCACGGUUUUGGUAGAUUGGACGAUACGACUUUUGAUCUAUAAUGCUAAAUUAUCAGGACGAAACUCAUAUCAAGAGGUUAUGCAAUUUUGUUUUGGAAAGAGUGGACUGAUAAUAAUAUCCGGAUUUCAAUUUGUAUUUGCAUUUGGAGGAAUGUGUGCAUUCUGUGUUGUUAUAGGUGACACAAUUCCUCACGUCAUUGCAUCGCUAUUUCCCGCCAUAAUAAAGAUCCCGGUUCUUAAUCUUUUUACGGAUCGUUAUUUUGUUAUCAUGUUUUGUACUAUUUUCAUAUCAUAUCCAUUAUCUUUGUACCGAGAUAUUUCAAAGUUGUCUAAAGCAAGUGGAUUGGCUUUAGUAUCGAUGACUGUUAUAGUAACAUCUGUUGUAAUAGAGGCUCCUCAAGUUGAUCAAAAAUUAAGGGGUAGCAGUGAGGAAACUUGGACUUUUGUUCAACCACAAAUAUUUCAGUCAAUUGGUAUAAUUAGUUUUGCUUUUGUUUGUCAUCACAACAGUUUGUUGAUUUUCGAUUCAUUGCGUAAACCCACGUUGAAUCGAUUUGCGGCAGUAACACACUUAUCUACGGGAAUAUCAAUGCUAGCAUGUUUACUGGUAGCUUUGGUCGGAUAUCUGGUGUUUACUGAUAAAACAGAAGGAAAUAUUUUAAACAAUUUUCCCAAAGAUAACGUUAUUAUAAACAUAGCAAGAUUUUGUUUCGGAUUCAAUAUGUUUACAACUUUACCAUUGGAAGCAUUUGUUUGCAGAGAGUCAAUUGAGAUAUAUUAUUUCUCAAAUGCACCAUUUUCAAUGAAACGACACGUGAUCUCGACUACUGUACUCGUUGUGUGUGCAAUGAUAGUGUCAUUGUUAACAAGUGAUUUAGGCAUUGUAUUAGAAUUGACAGGUGGAUGUUCAGCAACAGCAUUAGCUUAUAUUUUACCUCCUGUAUGUUUCCUUAAAUUGUCGUCAGGGAAAUGGUGGAGUAGGAAAAAACUACCAGCCGUAUUAUGUGUUGGGUUUGGAAUAGCUGUAAUGAUACUAAGUACCAUUUUAAGUAUAAUAAAAAUUUAUAAAAAUUUUUAAAGCACAAACGAAUUAUGAAUCUUUAAUAUAAUUAUUUAUGUUAAAAAAAAAAGUAUUAUUGAGAUAGAAAAUUUAAAUCAUAGAAUAUUUUAUAUAAUAAUUAUAAUUAGAUCAUUUAUAUACUUAUAUU